CCCAUCACGGAGCACGAGCCAACAGACGUCGCCAGUCCCGCUACCAGUCCACAGCCUCCUUCACCACCCACCCAACCACACGCACCACCGGCAGCCACGGACAGGGCAGUGACACCCCCCCCACGCGAAACGGAUAACGUCAGCUUCGUCUACGCGCAGAGGGGUUUCCAGCGCAAUGUGCGGGCGGGUGUGGCAGUGACGUUUUUCCCCGCACCGGCGAAGUAUACUCAGAACCCCGGAAGGAGAGGCAGGGCGGUAAACAUCCCUGAACCACCGCCUGAAUGGGCAGCAAGACCCCCCUCGCACUACGAGGUGCCGCGUGCAGUGCUAUGUAUAAGCGAUGACGACGAGACAGGGAGCACAGCCACGCACACACACACCACAGCCCAUACUACACACACCACAGCCCAUGCUACACACACCACAGCCCAGACAAACGCACAACGGAAUGGCACCAGGCACGUGUACAUGACAGCUGCCAGGGAACGGCUGCUACCAUCCCGAUUUAAACCUACGCUAAGAGUACAG